AUGGUUGCGUAUUGUCUAGCUCUGCCACCACAGCUAGACAAAGUUCAUAACGUGUGUCACGUUUCAAUGCUUCGCAAGUACCUCGCCUUGCCCACACAUGUUCUCAAUUGGGAAGACAUCACCAUCGAAGAAGACGCAAUGUACGAGGAGGAACCGAUAGAGAUUCAAGACCAAAGCGAGAAGAUAAUCCGGAACAAGACUAUCAAGUUGGUACGAGUUUUGUGGAAGCACCGUGGAUCUGGAGAAACCAAAUGGGAGAGGGAGGAAACCAUGAAAGCAAAUUAUCCCCACCUGUUUGAGUCCGAGCAUGCACCUAAUUUCGAGGACGAAAUUGUUUAA